AUGCACCAAAAUGUGUUGGCGCGAAGGAUUUAUACGGAUCCUUCUUUAUGCCCUAUUAGUAAAGCGAUAAGGUUCUCCGAUCCAUAUGACUGGGAAAUGCGAUCUGAUGUCCAUACUGAGCCAGGAUCUCUCUCACCAGUUGCUUCGCGUGCUGCUUCCAGUCUUCUUCACGCCAAUGAGUACAAUCCAUUCCCUGAAGAAUUCUUCUCGAUGGACCCUCUUGGAUUUUGA